GUGACUCUUCCUUGCCAUCUACCCUUAUCGGCUGCAGAUCGAAAUAACUCUGCCGAACCACUCUACAUAUAUCGAUCUAUCCCUCUAUAGAGAUCUCUCUACAUAAAAUUUACAUAUAAUGGCCUCUCCAGUUCCGCGGGGACUCCGCCAAGUCCUUCAGAAAUCGCCGUCUGAUAUCGUCAUCCUCUCUUCCCUCCGGACGCCAGUAACGCGUGCGAAGAAAGGCGGGUUCAAGGAUGCUUACCCGGAGGAGCUUCUGGCCCACGUGCUCAAGGCCACCCUCGAGGCCAACCCGAAGUUGGAUCCGGCCCUGAUCGAUGAUGUUGCCAUCGGUUCCGUCCUCCAGGAGCUCGGCGGUGCGAAGGCCGGCCGCAUGGCGCAGAUCCACGCGGGCUUCCCCCACACCGUCCCCUUCCACACCAUCAACCGCCAAUGCUCCUCCGGUCUCGCCGCCAUCUCCACCAUCGCGAAUGGGAUCCGAGCCGGCGCCAUCAACGUCGGCGUGGGAGGCGGCAUGGAGUCGAUGACCCGCAACUACGGGUCGCGCGCCAUCCCGACGGUGCUGUGGCCCGAAUUGAAGGAGUCCCCCUCGCACGACUCGCGCGAUUGCAUCAUGCCGAUGGGGAUCACUUCCGAAAACGUCGCCGCUCGCUACGGCAUCUCGCGCGCCGACCAGGACGUCUUCGCCGCCGAGUCGCACAAGAAGGCCACCACGGCGCAGGCCGAAGGCCGCUUCGACGCCGAGAUCGUCCCCGUGAAGACGCGGUCCAUCGACCCGGAGAACCCCGACGCGCCGCCCCAGGAGAUCACAGUGAUCCGGGACGAUGGGAUCCGACCCAACAUCUCCGUCGAGAAGAUGGCCUCGCUCAAGCCCGCCUUUGCGGCAGAUGGCACCAGCACGGCCGGAAACAGCUCGCAGGUGAGCGACGGCGCCGCCGCCACGCUGCUCAUGCGCCGCUCCACCGCUACCGAACUGGGACUUUCCUCCUCCAUCCAGGGCCGCUGGGUCGGCACCGCCGUGGCUGGCUGCGCCCCUGACGAGAUGGGCGUCGGUCCGGCCGUCGCCAUCCCCAAGCUUCUGCAAAUGCUGGACAUGAACGUCGGCGACGUGCACCUCUGGGAGCUCAACGAGGCCUUCGCCUCCCAGGCGCUCUACUGCACCCGUAAACUCGGGAUCGAUGAAGCCAAGGUGAACCCUAAGGGAGGCGCCAUCGCUAUCGGUCACCCUCUGGGUGCCACCGGUGCCAGACAGCUGGCGACCCUACUGCCAGAGAUGCAGCGUACCGGCCAGGAAGUCGGUGUGGUCAGCAUGUGUAUCGGAACGGGCAUGGGCAUGGCCGGCAUGUUUGUGCGGGAAUAG